GAGCAGGGGCUUGUGUCAAGGGACAGUGGGUACAACAGAGCCGAGCCCCCCUGCACCCCUGCCUGGCUGCAUUGGGGUACCGGGGGGCAGGGCGGCCAGGGCUCCUUCCCUUCCCCAGUUUCCCCGGCUUUCACACGAUGGCAGCAGAGGCAAGGAAACGCGUUCGCAGCCAGUUGGAACCGGGCUGAGCUGGGGGCUCUGCUUCUGGCCUGGUUGCCCACCACGCUACCCCUGCCCGCUGUCCCAGCCUGCCCUGCGCUGCAGCCUGCUCUGGUCUCAGCAGCCAGGAUCGGGCCCCGGCUCCUCCUCCGGCCGCCCCGUGACGGGUCCCAGGGGUGACACUACCUGCCCAACCUGCGCUGCGACACUCAGUCCCACCCUUUGAGUCAACCGGCCCGGUCUGCUCCACCAACCUGGCUGGCCUUGGCGGCUCUCCCCCGAACCCUACUCGCUUCCCCGGACCUCGCUCACUCCCUGCUCACUCCCUGCCAGAGAGGAAACUUUGUCCCCUCCACCUCCUCCCUCGGCGCCUUUCGGAGCCCGGCCCGCCCUACACCGUCUGCUCGAGGCUUUGCAGGGGGAAGGAGGAAACCAAGCAGCGGCAGCCCUGGCGAGGGCGGGUGGCAGCCGGGACGACAUGGGCAACACCGAGGAGGAUUAUAAUUUUGUCUUCAAGGUUGUCCUGAUCGGGGAGUCCGGGGUGGGCAAAACCAACCUGCUCUCCCGCUUCACCCGCAAUGAGUUCAACCACGACAGCCGCACCACCAUCGGCGUGGAGUUCUCCACCCGCACCAUCCUGGUGGGAGAUGCCGUGGUGAAGGCUCAGAUCUGGGACACGGCUGGGCUGGAGCGGUACCGUGCCAUCACCUCUGCGUAUUACCGGGGGGCAGUGGGUGCCCUGGUCAUCUUUGACAUCACCAAGCACCAGACGUACAAUGUGGUGGACCGCUGGCUGAAGGAGCUGUACGACCAUGCUGAGGCCAGCAUCGUCGUCAUGCUGGUGGGGAACAAGACCGACCUCGCGCAGGCUCGGGAGGUGCCUAUGGAGGAGGCGAAAAUGUUUGCAGACAACAACGGGCUGCUGUUUGUUGAGACCUCGGCGCUGGACUCCACCAAUGUUGAGCAGGCAUUCGAGACCAUCCUGAAGGGUACUUGCACCAGUGCCAUGGUGCAGUGGGGUCCCGGGGACCGGAGCAUCGAGGAGUCCCUUACUGGGGAUGCAGGGCUGGGCAGAGGAUGUACAGUGCGUCUCUCCUCUGCCCUGCACCACGUGAGCUCUUUGGGGCUGGUUUCGGUGUCAUCUUUCUGGCUGGUUUGGUUUCCGGCCUUUCGUGCUCGGUGUUUCGCUCUCCGCACCCCAUGGCUUUGUUCUCAUGGCCCCCAGGCAUCCCCAAAGCCCUGGGGACUUCUCCCCCUGUAAUCCCUGGUCCCCUUUCCUGUUGUCCUGGGCUCCUGACUCAAUGUCUCCAGAACGCUGCUGAACCAGCCAUGGGGAUCUGUGGGGAUGGGGAUGGAGAGGGGUGAUGCUCAGCCAGGAGCACCUUUCCAGGAAUGGCAGCCAGCAGCAUCGGGGCAGGAGCGCAGCCAGGUGUGCCGUGCUGUGCCGUGCCAUGCCAUGCUGUGCCGUGCUGUGCCGUGCCGUGCUGUAUAAUGCCAAGCCAGCCUGGCCCGGCGAGCUGCCAGCCCUGGCACACGGUGAAGCACUAAUCCCAGGUUGGGCAAGAGGAAAUUGCCUAAGCGCAGGGUGUUCCCCAGGCACUGCAGGGAUGCAAUUUGGGGGAGCUGCUCCCUUGUCACCCCUCAACUCGUCCUCUCUGCUGCAUAAAGGGGAAGGAGAGUCACCGACGUGCCAAGCAGUGGGCCAGAGGGCGAGCAACAGGGGCUGCAGGCUUGAAGCUGUCCCUGCUUCCCCAGGGGGACCCUUGGCUGACACAGAGACACACACACCCCCCGCACCUCUUGUU